AAAUAAUUUUUUAUGGACCGUUAAGGCUAUAAAAUCAUCUCUACCCGUCGAUCAUGGAAACAAAUUAAAACCUCAAAACUGAUGCAUUAUCCUGCCCAGCUUCACCGGGCAAUAACCUAAAAAAUCCCACCCCUCCAUUUCCUCCGCCGUCAACGGCACCACCAGUCCGGCCACCACCAUGGACGUCGAGAAAAUUUUCCACAUGAACGGAGGAGUCGGCCAAACUAGCUACUCCAAGAACUCUUCCCUUCAAAAGAAGGCAUCGGAGAAGGUGAAACACGUGACUCUAGAGAGCAUAGAAGAAGUUUAUGUAACAGCAACUCCCACAAGCUUGGGCAUUGCCGACUUAGGAUGCUCCACGGGACCAAACGCUCUCUCCAACGUUAAAGAAAUCGUGGAAACGGUCGGGAGGACGAGCUCGGCGCUCCGGCUCCCGGAGCCGGAGUUCCGAGUAUACCUUAACGACCUUCCCACCAACGAUUUCAACGCCAUUUUCCAGGCCUUGCCGGAGUUUCAUGACCAGCUGAAAAAGGAAAGGGGCGGAAGAGGAGGGCCUUCCAUAUACGUGGCGGCUUACCCUGGCACGUUUUACGGGAGACUUUUCCCAGAAAAUAGCUUGCACUUUAUUUAUUCCUCCAACAGCUUGCACUGGCUUUCCAAGGUUCCACCAGGGCUAUAUGAUUCUGAGGGGAGGACAAUAAACAAAGGAAGCAUAUACAUAUGUGAAGGGAGCCCCCCCGAGGUGGCCCAAGCCUAUGUUGACCAGUUUUAUUUGGACUUCCCAUUGUUCCUUGGUUUGCGGUCAGCAGAGCUUAUCGUGGGAGGGAAAAUGGUGUUGAUUUUUCUUGGGAGAGAAAGUCAUCUUCACCUUGAUAGAGGGAAUUCUUUCUUGUGGGAACUCCUUGUCAGGUCAUUCUCCACUUUAAUAUCCAAGGGAGAAGUUGAGGAGGAGAAAGUGGACUCUUAUGAUGUUCAUUUCUAUGCCCCAUCAAAAGAAGAGGUUGAGGAUGCAGUGAAGAGGGAAGGUUCAUUUGCACUGGAGAAGCUAGAAAUGUUUGAAACAGAAAAGGAAGUAGGGGAUGUUGGGAAGAUGAGCUAUGGAAGGAGAGUUGCUAUGGCAGUUAGGGCAGUUCAAGAAUCAAUGUUGACUCACCAUUUUGGGGAAGCAAUACUGGAGACUUUGUUUGAGGAGUAUGGGAGAUUGAUGGAUCUUGAAAUGGCUAAGCAAGAGAUCCGACCAAUUACUUUUGUUGUUGUACUUCGGAAACUUUGAUCACUUCAGCCAAGCUUCUUUCGUGCCACCAUUAUUUACAUUCUGCGAGAUAACUAUCCAUCGGUCAAUUCUGAGGACCUUUAGGAAUGGAAUGUCAUCCUUUCGUGUCACCAUUUGGCUUCUAAUCAGAACAAAUAAACCAGAUUCCUCUUGUCUUAUAUGUAAUAUUUUGCAUAAAUUUCAUGAAUGUCUUCAUAUUUAAAAUAAACCAAUAUACUUGAACAUUAUUGGAGUCACAUAUAUAUAAUCAUUAAUCAAGUGUACUUUGCCAUCAUUUCUAAUGGAGCCAUUGAUCACUAUUUUUUGGUUUGGAAUUAUCAUGGAAUAAAGCAAAGUGGUUCAAUU